AUGUCUGACUGUCAAGGGUGUGUUGUCAGACUUCGAGGACUUCCAUGGGCAACAAAAGUGGAUGAGGUCGUAUAUUUUUUGAGAGAAUGCAGAAUUGUUGGGGGUCCAGACGGAGUUCAUUUUACUUAUUCUCGAGAAGGACGGCCCAGCGGGGAAGCCUUUGUGGAGCUAGUCUCAGAAGAUGAUGUCACACAUGCACUUGCACAAAAUAAUGAGCAUAUUGGAAACAGAUACAUUGAAGUAUUCAGAGUGGACAGAUCAGAGAUGGAAUGGAUGGUCAAGAGAGCUGGCGCAGGCGUUGCACAGAACCAGGGCAUGACAGAUGCUGUUGUCAAGCUAAGGGGUUUACCAUUCGGCUGCUCUAAAGAAGAAAUUGCUCACUUUUUUGCAGGGUUGGAGAUAGUUCCAAAUGGAAUUAUGCUCCCAGAAGAUCGUCAGGGGCGGAGCACUGGGGAGGCGUUUGUUCAGUUUGCAUCACCGGCAAUAGCGGAGAGGGCUUUGGAAAAACACAAAGAGAGGAUAGGUCACAGGUACAUUGAAAUUUUCAAGAGCAGCAUGGCAGAAGCAAAUGCUGCAGGUGGCCUUCGAGGAGGCAUCCGCCCUCUCAUGGCCGGAGGUAUGCCCCUGCGACCCGGACCAUAUGACAGGGGAGACAGAUUUGGCAUGGGCAUGGGAAUGAUGGGUAUGCCUUAUGGUUUCUUUGAGGAUGAAUAUGAUGACUAUGGCUAUGACGGUGGAAUGGGCUUUGGCAUGCGUAACCGUCGCGGAGGGCCAGGGCUGAUGCGGGGUGGCCGUGGCAUGGGCAUGGGAAUGAUGGACCGUCGAGGGGCACAGCCCGGAGCUUGCUACAUAAGUAGGACAGGACAUUCAGUUCACAUGCGAGGUCUACCUUUCCAAGCAGUGGAACAAGAUGUCUUUGAUUUCUUUUCUCCUAUUCAACCGGUGAGAUGCGAGUUUGAGUUUGGUGAUAAUGGGAGACCAACUGGGGAAGCCAAUGUUGACUUUGCAACUCAUCAGGAAGCACUUGAAGCCAUGAAGAAGCACAAAUGCAAUAUGCUGGGGGGUUCUGUAGCUGGCAGUGGUGGCUUCUAUAGCUGGCAGUGGCAGUUGGUAUACUCUUCCUCCCCCCCAACCUCCCGAAUAUGGGGCCUGAGAAGCUACGCAGGGAUGUUGGUCUCUAAUAUAACACUUUUCCCUUCUCUCUUGAUAGUAAGUAUGCAUCACCAGCCUUCUCAGGUGAAAAUUAAACAGCUCAUGUGUGCAAGUUUUCAUGCCGAGAGGUGGCAUGCUGGGGGUUGGUAA